GGUCCUACAGCAUUGCGACUUUGAUACGGACCGUAAAGUGAUCAUGAGUGUUGCAAGUUCUCUGGACAUAGUGUCGUUGUUGCUGUUAGUAUUUCUAAGCACAGCUGCUGCACAACAAUGCGCCCUUCCGGAUAACAGUGUGGGCCAAUGCAUACUGCUGCGUAACUGCAACAGCCUUCUGACACUGAUAAAAAAGAAACCACUACUGGAUGCCGAUCGGACGUAUCUGCAGCGAACCCAGUGCGGGUGGUCGACCGCUGACAACCAUCCGUUGGUCUGCUGUUCCGACAGCCUAGUGGCACCAGUGCGCGUCGGUACUGGGCUACUUCCGGCGCCAGGACAGUGCGGGCUGCAGACGAGCGAUCGCAUCUUUGGCGGGGUCAACACGCGCAUCGACGAAUUCCCUUGGAUAGCGCUGCUAAAGUACGCUAAACCAAAUAACGUUUUUGGGUUCCACUGUGGUGGAGUGCUGAUUAACGAUCGCUACGUCCUGACGGCGUCGCACUGCGUCAAUGGGAAAGACAUUCCGCUUACGUGGAAUCUUGCGGAAGUACGUCUCGGUGAAUGGGACACAUCUACGGCACAGGACUGCGAAGGACUUGGUGACGACGUGGAUUGCUCACCGCCACCGAUCGAUGCACUUAUCGAGCUGAAAAUUCCUCACCCCGAGUACGUCCCGACAUCGCUCGAGCAGUACAAUGACAUUGCCCUGCUGCGUCUUCAGAGUUCCGUGCCGUAUUCCGACUUUAUCAAACCGAUCUGCCUACCGACACAGGCCGAGCUACAAGCACGAGACUACGUUGGCUUCCGAAUGCAGGUGGCCGGAUGGGGACGUACGGCCACCGCUCGGUACAGCAACGUGAAGCAGAAAGUGGCUGUUGAAGGAGUCUCGCUGGACGCGUGCAAUCAGGUAUACCAACGCGAACAGGUGCUUCUGCGCCAAUCGCAACUGUGCGCUGGCGGUGAGGCAGGAAAAGACUCCUGUCAAGGUGAUUCCGGUGGCCCGCUGACAGGCCUCCAGACGUCCGGUGGGCUACAGUACUGGUACCUGAUUGGGCUCGUUUCGUUUGGGCCGACUCCGUGCGGACAGGCCGGAUGGCCCGGUGUUUACACGAAAGUGGACCAAUAUGUGGACUGGAUCACAGCCACGAUUGUUGCAUAAGUGCAAUCCAGACAUUUACUUAACAAACCGAUCCGUAUGGAACAUGACAAAAUUAAAAUAAAUAAGCGCACAUGAAAUAAACCGAGGUUUUAAUGUACCACGAGCCACAUGUUAAUGCUCGUCUCUGAAAUCAUACUAUUCGGAGGACUGCAUGAUUCCUACAUCGUGAAAUGAUAACGAAAUACUUAGGAAUUGCAAAUUUCUGUUAUAGGUUUUACAAGAUUAUAUUUUAUAUCUUACUUUGUGGUUAAUAAUUUUUUGCUUAAAAAUACAUAUAGUUUAUUACACUUCCC